GGUCUGGUGGAGGAAGGCGCUGAGCUCAAACUACGGAAGCUCGGCAGCGCGGAGGCCUUCAGCCGGCUCUUGAGUUUUCUUAUAUUUGUAAAAACUAGCUUGCUAAAAUGGGUCGCCAUUCAUCAGACACUGAAGAAGAAACUAAAAGCAGAAGAAAAAAGAAACAUCGUAGAAGGUCAUCUUCAAGCAGUUCCUCAGAUAGAAGUUAUAGCCAUAAAAAAUCAGGAAGAAAAUCAAGAUCACGGUCUCGAGAUGUCCAGUUUCGUUCACAUUCAUAUGAAAAAAGGCGAAGGCAUCGAUCAAGCAGCAGUUCUUCGUAUGGGUCCAAAAGAAAACGGAGUCAUAGCCGAUCAAGAGCACAAGGAAAAUCAUAUCGGUCUCAGAGAUCAAGAUCAAAAAGCAGGUCAAGAAGAUCACAUUCCAGACCACAACAACGAUCAUACAGUCGCAGCAGUGAAAGAACUAGUCGCAGGAGAACUCGUAGUGGGUCUCGUGAGAAAGAAAGACGUAAAGGCAGAGAUAAAGAGAAAGCAAGGGAGAAGGAAAGAUCCAGAGGAAAAGAGAAAGAGCAGCAUUACAACAAAAGUGGAGAUGCCGGAAACAUCAAAACUGGAUUAGAACAUCUGUCUGCUGCUGAACAAGCCAAAGCUAGAUUACAAUUGGUCCUUGAAGCUGCUGCUAAAGCUGAUGAAGCAUUAAAAGCAAAAGAGAGAAGCGAAGAAGAAGCAAAGAAGAAAAAAGAAGAUCAAGCCAGUCUUGUUGAGCAAGUAAAACGAGUCAAAGAAAUUGAAGCAAUUGAAAGUGACUCUUUUAUUCCACAGACAUUCAGAUCAAGCAAAGAAGUCAAAAAGGUCACAGAAUCUGCUGAUAUCAAAAGUGAACCAGGAAUUAUAGAAGUGACAAACAUUGGUGUUGCUGUUACUGAAAAAGAAGUAAAGCCUGGAAUUAUUCCUACUACUAUCAAAUACCAAGAUGAAAACUCGCUUUGCCAUCCCAAUUUAUAUAUUGACAAGGCAGAAGCAGAAGAAAGAUGGUUCCAAAGGCUGAUGUCUCUUCGACAUGAGAGGCUAAUGGGCAGUCCAGUGGCUUGAGUGAAUUAAAUAGCCAACAUACUUUCCUUGUGUUCCAUUGUAUAAAAUUUCAUGACACAUUUGAAUGAGUAUAUAAAUAUUGCCUAGAGUGAAGGUGGGAUGAAGGGAAGUAUGAGAGGAAGUAUAUUUCUGGAAUCAGCCAACAGAUUUAUGUCAUAUUAAAGGCAUUAAGUAAAAGAAUAAUGACUAUUACUUUACAAAACAAUUAUUUGUAGAAAUAUUUUAUGGCGUUCAUUUUCUUAGUGUAUUCCUGUUGUUGAGAUUCAAAUGCUCUGCAUGUUAUUUCACACCUGAUGGGGUACUUAAGCUUCUUCCAAGGGCAGUUCCUCCCAAGUUCCUCUAUAUUGGCAAUUAUGCAUUAAAGACCUUAGCAGUAACAAUGUAUGAAGAGAAAGAAAGAAAAACAGUAUCUUCCUACCUAAUAAUGUUUUGUGACUGAAAUCUAGAACAACAAUGAGAAAGCAGUUGUAUGAGAAGUGAGAUUCUGACUAUCAUUUAAUUAUACAAAUGACAGCAGACACUUUUUAAAUUAAUGUUCUUGGAUAUAUUCAAUACACCACAAGAUAUACUAGAAUGCAAAUGAGGGGGGAAAGCUUUAUUUGUUGUCAUCAAAUUUUGCAAAAUCAGUAUUCAACUGAGAACAUACAUAAGAGUUAUCAAUAAUGAAUUACAUACACUAAAACAAAAAAAGAGAAAACCUGGCUCCUCUUCAGAAGCUGCUACAUGAUUUCAUGAAAUGCUAUAUGGACAUGGGGGGGCGGGGAAUGAACAUGUUGAAAACACAUUUAGUAUGGCAAGUAUGCUGGGUGGGGGGGCGAAGAGGGGGUCCAGACUAUGCAGCUUCAUCUUUUUAGACAACAUUUAAAUAUUUGACUAAAAUGUGUCUUUUUAUUUUUCUAUGUAUUGGUGAAUAUAAACUGCA